AUGAUAAGUCUAAUUGUUUUUUUUCUUUCUCUCUCUCAACGUUUAGGUCCUCCCCAAAUCACGAUACGUCCGAAAAAUCUCCAGGUGAAAGCCGGUGGAAUCGCCGUUUUUUAUUGUGCCGCAACCGGAGAUCCACAACCGGUCAUACACUGGAGAAAAAAUGGGAAAAAAGUAUCAAAUACGCAAACGAGAUAUUCGAUAAAACCAUUUCUUCAGGGAGGAGCUUUGUUUCGUAUCGAACCUGUUAGAAUAUCACGUGAUGAAGCCGUUUAUGAAUGCGCUGCGGAAAAUCGAGUUGGUGACGUCGUCACUGCAAAAGCAACCCUUCAAGUCUAUGACGCCGAUAAAUUGCCGAGUGGUUUUCCACAAAUCGGACCUACACCGUCGUAUAAAGUCGUCGAAGUGAAUCACACGGCUGUUUUACAGUGUCCGGCAACGGGAAAUCCUAUACCGGAAAUAUCUUGGGUUCGAAACACUUUUCCAAUUUCGAUAGAUUCGAAUCCGCGAUACAGCAUAACGGAUAAACCCAUACCAGUGGACAGCGUUGAAGACGAUCAUGGUACAUUUGAAUGCAUAGCGGAAAAUAGUCUCGGUACGGAAUAUUCUCAACCUACGACACUUCACGUCAGAGAACGACGUGUGGCUCCCAAAUUCACAAUCAAACCUCUUCCCGUUCACGAAGUCAUGUUGGGAGACAAUUUGAAUUUAACUUGCGUCGCCGCGGGUUCUCCAAUGCCACACGUGAAAUGGAGAAAAGGAGUCGCAACGGAUCUAACACCCGAAGAUCAAAUUCCGAUCGGGAAAAAUGUUUUGAAAUUAACAAACAUACAAGAAUCGGAAAAUUACACGUGCAUCGCUUCAAGCGUCAUGGCUCUCAUAGAAACGACAACUUUGGUCAAAGUUCAAUCUUUGCCGAGUGCUCCAUCAAUGUUGCAAGUAUCCGACGUGACGGCAACAUCGGCUCAACUUUCAUGGUCCUACACUGGUCCCGAAGAUAUACAAUAUUACGUCAUACAGUAUAAACCCAAACACGCGAAUCAAAAAUAUUCGGAAAUCUCGGGGGUCAUAACGUCUUAUUACACGGUGAGGAGUUUGAGUCCAUACACGGAAUACGAAAUGUCCGUCAUAGCCGUUAACAACAUAGGUCGAGGACCCCCGAGUCAGUCUGUCGUCGUAACGACUGGAGAAACCGAACCUGGAACGGCGCCUAGAAACGUUCAAGUUCGACCGUUGAGUUCUAGCACAAUGGUUAUACAGUGGGACGAACCGGAAACAGCCAACGGUCAAGUUACCGGUUAUAAAGUGUAUUACACGACGAAUCCUCAGCUUCCCAUCGCGUCAUGGGAAUCUCAAAUGGUCGACGUGAAUCAUUUGACGACAAUAAGCGGGUUGACGCCCCACACGAUAUACACGAUUCGGGUUCAAGCUUUUACCAGUGUUGGACCGGGGCCGCUAAGCACUCCUGCCCUUGUUAAAACUCAACAAGGAGUACCCAGUCAACCGGUUAAUUUGAGAGUGACGGAUUUCGACGAAACGAGCGCGACUUUACAAUGGGGAAAACCCGUUCAUUCGAGCGAGACGAUUGUGUCCUACGAGCUCUAUUGGAAUGACACUUAUGCAAACGAAAAACAUCACACUCCGAUCCCCGCUUCCGAAUCGUACACCCUAAACGAUUUAUAUCCCAAUACUUUGUAUUACGUUUGGUUGGCUGCGAGGAAUCAAAGAGGAGAAGGAGCGACGACUCCGCCGAUUCCGUUCAGAACGAAACAAUACGUACCAGGAGCACCACCUCAAAACAUUUCCGGUGAAGCAGACGGUCCAACCUCGAUAAGGGUUAGUUGGAGUCCUCCGGCGGAAAGGUCCAAUGGUCGGAUUGUCUACUACAAAUUACAAUUUGUGGAAAAAGAUCGUUCCGAUUCGGAAGCAGCCGUUGUGACCAUUGUUAACGUGACUUCGACUUCUUUUACUUUGGAAGAACUUAAAAGAUGGACAGAAUAUAAAAUUUGGGUUUUAGCCGGAACAAGCGUGGGCGAUGGUCCUUCGUCCGAUCCCAUAUAUGUACGAACGCAUGAAGAUGUGCCGGGAGAACCGAGAGACGUUAAAGUUUUCCCAAUAAAUUCAACGUCCAUUCAAGUUAUGUGGAAACCCCCAGCAGACAGAGAAAGAAAUGGCGUCAUUCGCGGAUAUCACGUUCACGUACAAGAAACAAGAGAUGAGAGUAAAAAUUUAGUGAACGAACCAUUGACCAUCGAUGUUUCCGAUGGUAACGUUUUAGAACUUAACGUGACCGGUCUUCAACCUGAUACGAAAUACAACGUUCAAGUGGCAGCUUUGACUAGAAAGGGAGACGGAAAUAGGAGUCCUCCAGUGUCAAUAAAAACUCCCGGAGGAGUACCCAAUAGGCCAACCGUUAAUUUAAAGGUUAUGGAAAAAGAACCGACCGUUAGCAUAGAGCUGGAAUGGACUAAACCAACUCAAACCUACGGUGAAUUAAUAGGUUAUAAAUUAAAACACGGAAUCAAAGAUCAACCAUUAAAAGAAGAAAUAAUAAAGGGUUCAGGGAAAACAAGUCGAAGUUUUGUUGAUUUAGAAAGAGGUUUGGAAUAUGAAUUUCGCAUAGCUGGACAAAAUGCCGUCGGAUACGGUCAAGAAACCGUAAAAUAUUUUUUGACUCCCGAGGGUCCCCCCUCUGGACCACCGUUAAAUAUAUCUUAUCGGUUUCAAACUCCCGAUGUCGUGUGCAUAACGUGGGUUCCACCUUCGAGAGAUCAGAGAAAUGGUCAAAUAACUCAUUACGACAUACAAUUUUUUAAAAAAAUGGAUCAUUCGACGGUACCCGAAAGAAACACGACUCAAACCAAAGCCGUUUUUUCCAAUCUGGAAGAAAACACCGAAUACGUUUUUCAAAUAAGAGCAUUUACGAGUCAGGGUCCCGGACCGUUUAGUGAAAAAAUUUCAAUAAAAACCGAAAGAGACAUGAUGAGAGCACCGAUGAACGUUGAAGCUGUUGCAACAUCCGAAGAAUCCGUCGAAGUUUGGUGGGAAGCAGUUCCGGCAAGGUCAAAAGUCAUCGGUUAUCAGAUAUUUUACACGAUGACGGCGGUCGAAGAUUUAGACGAAUGGCAGCAAAAAUCCGUUUCUCUCACGGAAUCGGCGGAUUUAUUAAAUUUAGAAAAAUUUGCACAAUAUGCAAUCGCGGUGGCAGCUCGUACGAAAGUAGGUUUGGGACGUUUAUCGGAAAAAGUUACCGUUAAAAUAAAACCCGAAGAUGUACCUUUGAACUUGAGAGCCCAUGAUGUUUCAACUCAUUCCAUGACUCUCUCGUGGUCUCCUCCCAUAAGACUUAAUCCUAUUAACUACAAGAUCUCAUUUGAUGCCGUCAAAGAAUUUGUCGAUUCGCAAGGUGUCACGCAAACUCAAAAUAUUAUAAGAAGACACGUAACUCUUCCACCCAAUACCAGAUCUCAUACCAUAAAUGAUUUAUCUCCGUUCACGACGUAUCACGUCAACGUCAGUGCAAUUCCUUCCGAUGAAAAAUAUAGGCCUCCCAAUAAAAUAACCGUUACGACUCAAAUGGCGGCUCCUCAACCGAUGGUGAAACCAGGUUUUUACGGAGUCGAAAAAGGAGAAGAAAUAAGGGUUAUAUUACCGCAAGCUUCUGAAGAAUACGGACCGAUAAGUCAUUAUUAUUUGAUUGUGGUGCCUGAUGACGAAAUUAACAAUAGAAAAAGUCCCGAUCAGUUUCUCACCGAAGAUCUCCUGGAAAAUAAGGGUCAAAAAUUUGAAAGUGAUAACGCACCUUACAUAGCCGCAAAAUUCCCUCAAAGAAAUAUUCCGUAUGCUUUUCUUUUGGGGGCCGGAGAAACUAAUGGCGGAUUUCUCAACAGGAAACUCGAUAAGAGAAAACGUUACAGAAUUGUUGUGCGUGCCGUUGUCGACACACCGGAAAAAGAUUUGUACACGUCUAGUCCGUUCUCAGAUUUUAUGUCUUUGGAUAUGAGAGAAGUGCCUCCGGGUGAUCUUCCAAGGCGGCCAAAUCCAAGUGUUCCAAUCGAUGGAGUGGAUGUUUUUGUCAAUAGAAGCACCGAAGAAGCUGGUAUUGUUUGGAUCAUCGGUCCAGUUAUUGCUUGCCUUGUUCUAUCCAUUUGCUUUGUUUUAUUUUAUAUUGUGCGAAAACGAAGACGUCCCUGUAAGCCUUUGGAUCAGUCUGCCGUUACACGUCCACUUAUGGCUGCCGACGUUGGUAGUGGUCACGUUGUAAGCGAUCCAGUGGAAAUGAGAAGACUGAAUUUUCAAACGCCGGGAAUGAUUUCGCAUCCUCCCAUACCAAUUUCUGAAUUAGCAAAUCAUAUUGAAAGACUUAAAGCAAAUGACAAUUUAAAAUUUUCUCAGGAAUACGAAUCGAUCGAACCAGGUCAGCAAUUCACUUGGGAUCAUUCAAACAUGGAAUGCAACAAAUCUAAGAAUAGAUACGCAAAUGUUAUAGCUUACGAUCAUUCGAGAGUUAUACUUCAACCCAUCGAUGGAUCUGAUUACAUAAAUGCAAAUUACUGCGACGGGUAUCGAAAACAUAACGCUUAUGUUGCCACUCAGGGCCCUCUUCACGAAACGUUUUCCGAUUUUUGGAGAAUGUGUUGGGAACUUCGUACAAGUACAAUCGUCAUGAUGACAAGGCUAGAAGAACGUGCUAGAAUAAAAUGCGAUCAAUAUUGGCCUUCUAGAGGAACCGAAACUUACGGCCCUGUUUCUGUCACCAUAACGGAUACUCAAGAAUUAGCUACUUAUUGCAUUCGUACCUUUCAAUUGCAUAGAGCGGGUAGUACAAUUAAAAAAGAAAUAAGACAAUUUCAAUUCACUGCAUGGCCUGAUCACGGAGUACCCGAUCAUCCCGCUCCAUUUUUACAAUUUUUAAGAAGAGUCAGAAACAUGAAUUCUCCAGAUUCAGGUCCAAUGGUUGUUCACUGCAGUGCUGGAGUCGGACGUACCGGUUGUUUUAUUGUAAUUGAUUCCAUGUUGGAAAGAAUCCGACACGAAAAGACAAUCGACAUAUACGGUCACGUGACUUGUUUACGCGCCCAACGUAAUUACAUGGUUCAAACGGAGGAUCAGUAUAUAUUUAUACACGAUGCACUCCUCGAAGCCGUCGUUUGUGGUAACACCGAAAUUCUAGCUAGGAAUUUACACGCUCACAUACAAAAAUUAAUGCAGACUGAGCUUGGAGACAAUAUAACGGGAAUGGAAAUCGAAUUUAAAAAAUUAAAUAACAUUAAAUUGGACGGAACGAGAUUUAUAAGCGCUAAUCUUCCUGUAAAUAAACAUAAAAACAGACUGGUUCAUAUCUUGCCGUUGGAAGGAACGCGAGUUUGCUUGCAACCCAUAAAAGGAAUCGAGGGUAGCGAUUACAUAAACGCAUCGUUCGUGGACGGUUACAGGUAUCGUGCGGCUUACAUAGCCACGCAAGGACCUCUUCCGGACACAACGGAAGAUCUCUGGAGAAUGCUUUGGGAGCACAAUUCAACAAUAAUUGUUAUGCUCACUAAAUUGAAAGAAAUGGGACGAGAAAAAUGUCAUCAGUAUUGGCCGAGCGACAGAUCCGUUCGUUUUGGAUUUUUCGUCGUCGAUCCCAUUGCCGAGUAUAACAUGCCGCAGUACAUAUUAAGAGAAUUUAAAGUGACGGAUGCUAGAAACGGUGCUUCCAGAACGUUAAGACAAUUUCAAUUUACGGAUUGGCCCGAACAAGGGGUACCAAAAAGCGGAGAAGGUUUUAUUGAUUUCAUCGGUCAAGUACAUAAGACGAAAGAACAAUUUGGACAAGAUGGUCCCAUAACAGUUCAUUGCAGUGCUGGAGUCGGAAGAACAGGCGUCUUUAUAACUCUUAGUAUAGUUUUAGAAUGCAUGCAAUACGAAGGAGUCGUUGACAUAUUUCAAACAGUGCGAAUAUUGAGGACGCAGAGACCUGCCAUGGUACAAACGGAGGAUCAUUAUCAAUUUUGCUACAGGGCAGCUUUGGAAUAUCUCGGAUCUUUCGAUCAUUAUGCCAAUUAG